CUGGACAUCGAAACUACGGGAUUCAUUGGCAGAUCCUAUCCCACAGUGGUGGGCAUAGCGGUGGAUUUUCCAGGCGACUGGUUCGUGGAGCAGCUGGUUGGCGCGGAUAUCACCGCUGAUGCGAUCCGGCACGUCCUGGAAGGUGUCACCACCGUUUACACGUUCAACGGAGCCGGCUUCGAUCUUCCGUAUUUGGCCUGGAAACCGGGCGUAGAUCUGCGCCGGUCGCUGGACCACCGGGACCUGAUGCAGUGGUGCCGGCGGGCCGGGUUGCGGGGUGGCCUGAAGCGCAUUGAAAAAUCGUUGGGGAUUCAGCGCUCUUUGCCCGAUGUUGAUGGGUAUGACGCCGUGCUGCUUUGGCAAAAAUAUAUCAACGAGCAGAGUAAGGACGCGCUGGACCUGCUGCUGGAAUACAACCGUGCCGAUGUCGAAAAUUUAUAUGUCCUGCGCAACAUGCUGGAAGGGAAUCAUAACUGGAGGUAA